AUGAGAUGGGAUUCUGCUUGCAAUUUCUGGACGCUGGUGGGCCUGCACUUCAUCUGUGAUGUGCUGGUGCAGACGGAUGGUGUGUUCAAGCUAAUGCAAGCCCAGCAGUUUAAGUUUUCUGAUGUUGCUGGGACUAUUGCGGCAGUGCAGCGCUUGCUGCGGAUGAGCUUCAUAGAUGUGCUGCCAGGGCAGCACACAACUCCUGCCCUGAAGUCCUUUUGGCAGCUUAUGGCAGCGACGGGGUUCAGAUCCUUUCAUGGUCACCCCGUGUCGAACGUCCCUGAGUCACCAGAGAGCAUCAUGCACGACCUCUUCGAGGAGUUCACCGAGAAUCUCAUCAAAUAUCUCGAUCGACGGUUCCCUAACAGCAGCUUCUUGUUGGCACUGGGCCUGUUUGAUCCUGUCGAGUACCCGGAUGAGGUGGACGAUUGGGGUGAGGACGCGUUUGAAGCACUGAGGGGCUACUUCACGGAGCGCCUGGAGGAGAAGAAGCACAUGCAUGAUUGCCAUCCACAAAUCGAUUUCGAGGAGGCCAAGUUGCAGCUGCCCGUGUUUAAGCAUGAGAUGUGGAAGUUGCGGCCAGCUGCUGUGAAGGAUCGGGAGGCGUUCUUGAAGUCUUACGUGGAGCAGCAGCAGCUGCUGUCACAGCUCCUUGGGUGUGAGGAGGUGUUCGGUGUUGGUGAUGAGGGCUAUGAGGGUGCUGAUGCCGCAGAGGAGCUGAUGGAGCGCGUGCGGGAGAUGUGGAAGCUCGCGCUGUUCUGUGUGCAAAUUAAGCCCACGUCGGUCAAUCGCGAGCGCGUCUUUUCCGCCCGGACGCGCUUGUCAGCUAUCCGGCUUAACGAGAGUCUUUUCGUGAAGCUGAAUACGUCGGGAUCCUUCAAGAAGGAGGAUGCAGUGUUAAAGGGGGCAAUGGCCAAGUACAAGUCCUCCACUAGGAUGCACCUCUACACGCACAUCGCCGAUAAGGUCGAGAAUACCCUUCGCGACCCGCGCUUCAACCGCAUGCGGUCGGCUUUGCUUUGGACGCUCCAGGCCCUGGACGAUCCCGCAUACGGCUCUGAAAGUAGACCUGUCUGCGAUGACACGCUGUAUAUCUCGGAGGGACUAUCGGUUGAUUUCCCAGUUGGCAUUGCGGUCAGCGCCACCACCUCUGGACGGCCGGACUUGCGCAUAGAGCUCGUGCGUCUGCGAUUUGGCAGCACAGGUAUCCAAACGCUUAUCGAAAAAAUCAUGGUCAAUAAGUAUGGUAGUCCAAAGCGUUCUGCUGGCCAGUGCGACGGCCGACGAUGCCCCAGCCCAGUAGCUGGCGACGGCGGCGCCUGGGCUUCAGCCGCCGCAGCGUGCCGCAGAAACCAGCAUGUCGGCCGCCGCCGCUGCCAUAGGGUAGAUGGUGGCAAAACCGCCGCCACAGCUGCUACUACGAUUCGCCAGUAUGCAUCCACCGCCGGGGCGCUGUUGCUGUUCUCUGUGCUGCAUUCUGAUGCGGCGACAGCGGUGGCGUCGUCCUUGGAAUUGCCGGGUUUGACAGUGUUGGCGGCAGAGCUGGUGGCGGCAGCAGUCCAACGGUUAUCGUUGCCGCUGCCAAAGAUCCUGACGGAGUUGGACCAAGCACCCAUGGAACCCCAGCUGGCGAGCCUUGAACUCGACCUCCCUCUUUCCACAGAUCCUUGCCACAACCUUAGCUGCCACGACCGCGCUCUCAAGUGUGGGCCACUGGCAGCGCAUUCAAAAAGAGGUGAUCUUGGAGCUUUGGGUGCGGUGGGAUUCAAUCCAUGGUUCGGUCAAAGCGCCGUGCUGAAAGUGGAUUUUUCGCCCGCUGGCGGAGGAGGAGGACACGCUGCGGCGGGUGGUGCGCGGCCACCGCAGACGCCAGCGAGCAACAGUUUGCGACGGUGGCUGGUCGGGUUGAUGGGCGGAUUGGGGCAUGUAGCCCGUCCUGCUUCAGCGCUGGUGGAACGCGUCUUGGGCACCUCGGCGCUGCUGUCCCUGGCGGGCAGGGCCUGGCGUGCCGUACACGCCUCCAGCGCUGCGCUGGCGGAGGCCGUCGUGGAUCUGACGGCAGUAGGUUUGUCGUACAGUUGCCUGGCCCGCCAAGCACAGCUGGGGCGCCUGCCGCCAGGUCGUGCACAGGAGCUCGCAUGGCGGCGACUGCAUAAAGCCGCAGCACAGCGCCUGGCGAGGCACCUGGGAGACCUGCCCGAGCAGCCUCCGCUACAGCCCGCACUGCAGGCGCUACAGCGGUGUAGCAUUGCUGCAGGCCUGGCCGUCGACGGUGUGCCGCUGUGCGGUGCCCUCGACAGCUUGAGGGGAGGGGGCGCUGUCAGCGGCGGUGGAGACGUCGGCGGUGCGGGAUUGUGGGAGUGUGGCAGCUGUGGAUACAGCCGGAGGCGGUUUCUGUUCAGCAUGUCGUACAGCCAUGGCCGACGGAUUCGCCGCCGGCGCGCUGCGUUGCGACAGGCGACGGCGGUAGAGGCGACUAUGACGGGAUUGACCGCUGCCCCUGCGGCGCAUUCUACUGCAGCCCCAACGGAUUUGCGGCCCCAAGGGGUUGGAGGCGGGUUGCCCAUUGCUACGGCGGAGGCGGAACGGGUACCGGGAGUCCCGUCUCGUGACCUACCCGCCCGUGCAACUGUGGCAGACCCAUGGGUCGAUUGCAGCGCUCCGUCCACGUUGCCGAUGCCCCAGUCGCCUCCGCUGCACCAGCCGCGGCAUGUGUGCCCAGAAAUCAUGCCCGCGGUAGACCGGGACCAGCAAGCUGGGCGUCCCAAGUUGCCGCCCGCAGUGUCGUCAUUGGCAUCCAUGGAAACUACGGCGGCGGUUCAGGCGGAGUUCUGCGAUGGCGAGGUCACACCGCCAAGCACCGCUUCAACCCCGUUGGAGCUGUUUCCAGAGCGUCCGUAUCCUUCCUCGGUGCCGCCGACGUACGGCGAAGUACGGCGACGGACAGCACCAGGGCGGCUUGCCGGUUCAGUGAGUUCGAUGACGGCUCCGCCGCCGCGGCAACCACCGAACUCUGCUCAUGCCACAGUUGGAGGUGGCGCUCAAGGAUCCCCUGAACUGCAGCACCAGGUGGUCGUGAUCACGGGGGGUUCUGGAAACGCCAGCCCAAUGUCCAUUUCAACGGCUGCAUGCCGAGGCUUCCCUCGCCUAAGGGCCAUCGCUGGGUCGACGCCACCGCAGCUGGAAGCGGCGGAGCCGUCACCACCGUUGGCAACCUCAGUGAUGGCUAGAGUUGCAGCGGCGGCCGCGGCGGCGCUGGGUCCGCAGGCCGCCGGCCGCGAGGGCUCCGUGACGGUGACGGCGGCGGUUGUCCCCGUUGCAGCUGCCGCCAGUAACGGCGGUACGGCACCAACGCCAUGGCCUCAACCACCGCCCACUGAUUCCGGAGCCUCCGCGACCCCGGAUAGCUCCUUGCCGUAUGACAACAGCUCCUCGUGGGGCAGUGGCAUCAGCUGCACCACCUCGGCCAACACGUCCGCCGCCGGGGCGGCGUCGGGCGAAGCUGCAGGUGGCGGCAGCAGUGUCGGCUCUACCGGCAUCAUCCGUACCGCCCCAAGAUUUGUACCGCAUACAGGUAACGGGGGCGCUGGUAAUGGUGGUUUGGGUCAUGCCAACGGCGCAGAUGGCGCCGUUAGGGCCUGUGGUUGCAGUACUGCUGCGCUGCCAGGUGUGACCCCUCGUACGGACUGUACGGACGGGGAGAGCGGGGCCCAAUCCACGUCAGCAGGUCUGCCGCCGGCAGCAUUUCUGGUUUCCUGGACAAACCCCAGCCCUAGCGCCAGUGGAAUAAGCCAAAACAACAGCCAAGGCGCCUGCGAUGUUACGCAGCUACGGCCAGAUUGGCAGCAUCACCAGCAUGAACAGGAGCUGCAGUCGCGGCUACGGCCAUGGGCUCUAUCGCCGUCGGCAGGGCCCGGCACAGCGCAACCUGACGCACGCCAACCACUUGGGCUGGAAGACUGCAGCAUAAGCGGCGGCGGCGGCGGCGGUAUCGGGAAUACCUGGAAGCUACCGCCACUGUCCCGUGCCCAGGAGACACGGCUGUUGCGGCGGGAGCAGGAGCAGGCGGAGGCGAUGGGAUUGCUGUUGUACGGCAGAGGAGACCACGCCGGCACGCUGCGGUCGCACCACCACUGCCAUUACCACGAGCAGCGGCCCACGGGUCUGUGGGAGCUGCUCGGUCUUCUGUGCCGCGCCGCCUACCUGAUCGCCGUCUUUGCGCCGUUCCUAACCCUCGGAGCGACGCUGCUGCUGCUUUCCACGAUGCUGGGAGACGGAGGCAGAGACAACGGCGGCAACGUUGCUGCUGCCGCGCGCCGGCCCGGCUCUUCGCUGACUGUUGGCUGCCGGCGAUGCGCAUGGCGGCUGCUGCUGGGCGGCUGUCGUCUGAGCGGCGCUGCGUUCAUUAAGUGGGGUCAGUGGUCGGCCACGCGGGUGGACCUUUUCCCUGAUGAUUUCUGUGAGGCGCUAUCUCAGCUGCAUGACCAGGCGCCCCGGCAUAGCUUCGCCUUCACCAAGCGCCAGGUAGAGCGAGCGUUCGGAGUGCCUCUGGAUGUCAUGUUUGAAGCAUUCGACCAGCGACCAGUGGCCUCGGGAAGCAUUGCCCAGGUCCACCGAGCUCUCAUGCGCCGCAGUGACGGCAGUCCGUUGGAGGUGGCGGUCAAGGUGGUGCAUCCCAAGGUGGAGCUCCGGAUACGACAGGACUUCGCGCUGCUGCAGCCUGCCGCCGCCGCCCUGGGCCGUCUGCCCUCCCUGCGCUCCCUGUCCCUGCCCGAGACCGUGAGCCAGUUCAGCAGCACCAUGACUGCCCAGGCGGAUCUGCGGGUGGAGGCCGCCCACCUGCGCCGCUUCUACUUCAACUUCAGCAGAGUGGCUGAACAGGUGACCACUCCUCGGCCACUGCCUGGUCUGGUACGGCGGGAGGUGAUGGUGGAGAGCUGGGAGGUGGGCGCCAGUGUCGCGGCGUUCAUCCGGCAGCCCAGUCCCCUCAACACUGCGGUGGUGUGUCUGGGGGUGGACACCUACCUCAAGAUGCUGCUGCAGGACAACUUCGUGCACACGGAUCUGCAUCCAGGCGAGUGGGUGGGGGCUGGCAGGCAGACCGGACCAAGUCGGGCAGCUGGAAAGGACAGUCGAGGGCGGGGCGCCAACGAGGCGGCGGCGGCGCCGGUGAUGUCGGACUCGCUUGAUGCUGCCGCCUCCGCCGCCGCCGCUGCUGCUGUCGCUGCCGCAAGAGUGCAGCUCGUAUUGCUGGACUUUGGCCUCGCGGAGGAGUUGACGCCUGUUGUACGGCACCACUUCAUCUCCUUCCUGCACCACAUGUUGCGAGGCGAUGGCGCCUCCGCUGCGGGCCACCUGCUCCGCUGGACCUCUCGACCCCAGGCCUGUCCUGACCCGGCUGCCUUCGUGGCCGAUAUGGUAGCCCUGGCGGCAGCCCGUUGUGACGUGCACAGCGCCGCCGGCAUAGACAUGGACGCCGUGAUGAAGAGCGUGUUGCGCCUGGCUCGUAAGCAUUCCGUCACAAUCGACAGCUGCUACGCUAGUUUGGUCAUUGCGGUGUGCGUCAUUGUGGGGUUCGCUACCUCCUUGGACCCGUGGGUCAAUUUGGCGGAUGCAGCGGUGCCCGCCAUGCUGGCGCAUGCCUUGACGGGCCGCGUAAUGGGCCGCUUGUACAGCUGACCUGGCCACACCUGUCGGAGGGGACUGGAUUGUGCGUGUGUGGAUAGUUGGGCCUUACGGUUGAUUGGGGCACACGCACACACACACACACACACACACACACACACACACACACACACACACACACACACGC